UUGUACAAUCAACUUAACAUUCCUUGUUCAGAAAGAGAGAUAUUGAGAACAUUUCAUUUUUUACAGAUGGAAGUGGAGUGUCGGUUCCUAUGCCCCCUACAUUUGAAAAAAUAAAAGAGGAGAUACUGAAGAAGAUUGAAUCUGGAGAUAUUCUAUUAGGAUCUUUGGUUGAGCCAAAAAAAUAUAAAAAAGCUGUGAUAAAGAAUGGAGUGAUUUUCAAUGAAGAAUUCACAGUAUCUGGUCGUUGUAUACCACUGAGUGACAUUCGCAGAAAGAUUUUUGAAGAACAUCAAAGUUUGGGGAUUAUGAGAAAUCCAAAAGGUGCUUUGACAAGAUACUUCAUACUAUGGUCUGAUCAUGCAUCACUUUUGAGUGCUGGCCAUUUACUAUUGACUGUCAAAGUUGUUUACGAUGACAAGUUAUUUUAUACAGAUGAGGAAAUGUAUGCAAAAACAGGAAUUUGUCAUGAUGUUCAAGAACUUGUGGAGCGUCCAUCCGUUUAUAUUAUUGGUUUUGCCCAGGAUAGCAUUGCAGAGAAGCUUUCAUAUGUCGAAACCAGACUUAUGGACAUUAGAAAAUUGUCUGACCCAUUAAUUGUCAAUGAUAAGAAAGUGGUUGAUGUGAUAAGGUUUUUUCAUGGUAUGUUGAUGGAAUUCAAUUCACACAAGUUUAAUCUGCAUAAUGCAACAAUUUAUUUAAAAAAGGAUAACAGGAAUUCAUUUAUAUUUUAGGUGACCAUCCUGAAAUACAAUACGAGAGUGGUAACUCUCAUGGUGGAAACUUUCCCUGUCUUUGUGGAUGCAAAAAAUCAAGAUUUACAGAUAUAGCCCAUGUCUACAGUAACAAAAUAGUGUCCUUGGAACAAAGAAGGAAGAAGGUACAUAAAUUUCAAAAUAAGUUGUUCGUUAUUUGUAAUUUUGACAAAAAGUAUAGAAAAUUAUUUAUUCCAGGUAAAUGAAACAAAAUAUGAAUGACAAAUUUAUAGAUUUCUAUUACAUAACAUUAACUAUUUUUAACUAACUAUUUUUGAUUAUUUUAGGUA